AUGAGCACCCCGGAGGGAUCCUGUGCUCUCUGUUUAGCCAAAUUAGCCGCCCUUUGCAGCGCCCUUGCGAAAUCAAUGGCGCCGCCGCCGGUGAAAGACACCUUUAGCUUCACUGAUCCUUGGAAACCGCCUCCGGGCUCAGCCUCCACGUCGCCCACGAUGUCGGAAGAUCGUAAUAAGCUCUUCCAAGCAAAUCACGGAGCCGACCUUACCGAGCGAUUCUGAAGAAGAAAUGUGAAUUGGAGCGUUGGGGUUAGAGAGGAUCUGUGAUAAGCAGUAGCUGACUUGCCUCGGUAAUGUAAAAUCACUCCGGCGAAAUUAAUUUCUACCCCCCAAAAAGUAAAACGAAAUUCUUUUUUUUUUCAACUUCCUGCGUGUUCUGCCUUUUUCACGAGAAAUUCCGGAAUUGGGGUUGCCAGUGUUCAUUGUGCUGAGUAAUACAUCUUUUGAUCCUUCCAAAUAUA